AUGCCACUCAAGUCCGCCCUCAAGUCUGAGGACAAUGUGGAGAGGACUCCCCCAGCCAGUGGCUCUCUCAAAGCUGUGCAGAUUGCGGAGCCGAUCCCGGAGAGCAUAGUCGAGGAAAAUGUCUUGACAAGCACCAGACAAUUCCGCGCAAGCUCUGGCCGGAAGCCCAGCGGCAAGCUGCCCCAAACCCAGCUGAGCGGCUCAUCCAGGUCAUCCGCCGGAGAGAGCUCCCCGUCUCUUCAACCGAUUGAUCACGAUGGCUCUCACUUCUCCCACCCACGCCACCGCCACCAGUACUACAGCGAGAAGCUGAUGGCACAGGUCGGUGAGUGGCUAGAGAAUGAGCGAAAGAAGAUUGCGGGUAGGGUCAAGAGGCCUCGCCGCCAGAAGUCUGUUUCGCCCCCCGUCGAGAAGCAGGAUCCCCUGGCAGAGCCAUCUCAGAAUGGCCGGUCGAGAUCUGACUCAAUUGAUUCCCAGUCCAGCGAUGUGUCUCUCGAUAAGCUGCAAAAGAUCCUCGAGGAAUCCAUGGCCAGCAUGGGCAUGAACUCUCUCCCUAGCUUUUCGCCCAACGUUGCUCGACCACGAAGUCAUCGGCCUAACCGCUCAUCGCUGCACCGCUCAGCCUCCUCGGACACGGACUAUGUCGACGGUGAUGUUAUUGUGCCCGACUGCGAUGUGUGGAUUGACAACUCAAAGACUCUUAGCUACACGGGCGGAGGUGCCAACACCUCACCCGCUGAGGAGGGUAGCCGGGCUCGGCGUGAACAACAUGCUUGGCUCGAUUUCAAGAAUGAAAUUAUUCGCACGACCCAUACCCUUAGACUCAAGGGUUGGCGACGGGUGCCUCUGGGGAGUGGCGACUCGAUUGAGGUAGAGCGUCUUAGCGGUGCGCUCACCAAUGCUGUCUACGUCGUCACACCCGCCGAAGACUACCCCAAAGUGGAAGGCCUCAAGACCCCACGAAAGCUGCUUCUCCGUAUCUAUGGUCCGCAGGUGGAGAAUCUUAUUGACCGCGAGACCGAGCUCAAGGUUCUGCAGCGGCUGGCGCGCAAAAAGAUUGGCCCCCGCUUGCUAGGUACCUUCAAGAACGGUCGUUUCGAAGAGUAUUUCAACGCGUCACCUUUGACUCCCAACGAUUUGCGUGAUCCUGAAGUUUCCCGGCAGAUUGCUAAGCGUAUGCGAGAGCUUCACGACGGCAUCGACCUCCUGCAGCACGAAAGAGAGAUUGGCCCAAGCGUAUUCAAGAGCUGGGACCAGUGGUUUGACAACGUUGCUCGAAUCGUCACCCACCUGGAUGAGCAGCUCGAGAGCGACCCCUGUAUCAACUCUAAAAAUGGUUCGCAGAACUCGGUUGUCUAUGCCUGGAAACAGCAAGGAUACGUGUGUGGAGUUCCCUGGGCCAUGUUCAAGGACACCAUGGCCAAGUAUCGCGCACUCUUGGAAAGUCAUUACCACGAUAGGGAGACCUUGAACAAGUGUCUAGUCUUCGCACACAACGAUACCCAAUAUGGCAAUAUUCUUCGGUUCAAGCCCGAUGAUGCCAAGUCUCCUCUUCUACAGCCUGCCAACCGGCACAAACAGCUCAUUGUCAUUGAUUUUGAGUAUGCCGGCGCCAAUAUGCCUGGCGUAGAGUUCGCGAACCAUUUCACUGAGUGGGCAUACAACUACCACGAUCUGACUGCCCCACAUGAUUUCAAUAUCGACAUGUAUCCCACCCCAGACGAACAGCGCCGGUUUAUCAAGGCAUACAUCGACCACAGGCCACAGUUCCCAAAUACAAAUACGCCUAAACUCUCGCCCCGCGGUAGUGCUACAAGCACCCCCGGGCUCUUGCCCACUCCGUCUUCCAACUCCAUCUCUGACUUCAUGCUUGACGCUCGCGCCCCGCCAGGCGGGUGGACUGAAGCUGAGAAGAAACGCGAGGAGGAGACGGAGAACAAGAUCCGCGGAAUCCUCGAGGAGACACGGCUAUGGCGGCCGGCAAACAGCGCAUUCUGGAUCGCGUGGGGCAUCGUCCAAGCCAAGGUCCCCGGGCUGGCCAAUGCGGAGGACAAGCCUCAGGAUGAGGAGGAAGAGGAAGCAGAGGAUGAGUUUGAUUAUUUGAGCUACGCCCAGAAGCGCGCCCUCCUGUUCUGGGGCGAUUGUGUGCAGCUGGGGUUGGUCAAGAUUGAGGAUCUGCCGGGUCAGCUGCAGACAGGGUUGAGGAUCCUCAAGCGUUAG